AUGGGCGCGCGAGAAUGGCCGCGGGGGCCAGUGGUGCUCUGCCACGUGGCAGAGCAUUCGCGUGGGGGAAGUGGUGCAUGUUCGGGGGGACACGACAGUCCCGGGAAUGGGAGGUAUGAGGAAAGGAGUGGGGGGAAUUGUGGGGCAAGGAAUCUUGGGGCAGUGGCUGGCUGCACGGCACCGCUCUCCUUUGAGGCGCCUCAAGAGCACGGCACCGCUCUCCACCACAUGUGUGGCUUCUCAACUUCCUCCAUCCCCACCCCUCAAAGGGCGGGCCCUCACUUUGCCUUCUCUGGAUGCCUCGCCCGCCCCUCCCGGGCCAUCCCCACCCCUCCCUUCACGCAUGUGGCUGCCAAACCCACACCUCUGAAGGCUCGUUUUCGACCCUGGCGUGUACCACAUGAGCAUCUUCCUAGCUUCUCACGUCUCUCGCCCCUACCUGCCACCGCCAAACAGCUAGUGGACGAGGUGCGGGCAGUGAAGGGCGUGAGCAAGCGGUUGUGCCCGCUGCGUGUCUCUCUGGAUCGGGUCAUUCUCACCGCCACUGGCGUGCUGCUGGCUUGCUGGCAGGUGGUGGAGGGCACGGAUCCAGCAGAGCUGAGGGAUGCGUUCAAGGAGGCUCUGCCGCGCGCUCCCAAGCAGCAACUGUACAACCAGGUCAUGCUGCACACAUCACUGGCCAGGAUCAUUGCACCGCCCACGUGGCCUGACGGGGUAUAUAUGUGUGCUGCAUCAACGUAUCCCUCUUUUGAUUCGUCUCAACACCUGCACCACCCCUGUGGCCGGACGGG